CCCGUUGUGGUGCGGCAUCCCCGCCUGGGGUGCCCGCAGCCCCUCUCGGCAGCUCGCGCACUUAGGUGGACUCGGGCUUUGGAGGACUUUACGGGGACUAAGCUUUUAAAAACAGCCAGUGAACUUGGGCUAGGGGACUGUAGCUCGAGUCUGUGUGGGCGCCGCUGGACACUGCUGCAGGCGGUGGGCGGGCGACGAAGCGAGUCGGAGGUUGUGGUCCGGGGACCCUUUCCUUUGCUUUAUUUGGGGAUCUGAAACCCUGGUCCAUAGUGACCCGCUGCACUUUGGGGUUUCCAGUGACCGCACCACAAAGGCAAUAUUUACGUUGACACGAGUUAGUUGGUCUUGGUGAUUGUUAAGGAGUUUUAGAACGUGUUCAUUUUGUGGAAACCUGUUCAUUUGACGAUAUUUGGGCGUAGCUCGUAAGGCAUUUUAAGUAAUGCUGGUAAAAGUAAGGUCAUUUUUUUCUACUUUGAGAAUUGUCCUAAGACCUUAGGAAUAAUGUUAUGAAAUAAAACACUGGUUUUAUACUUUUUAAAAACACGAUUUGUAUCACUUUAAGCCAGACGGUCAAAUAGAAAAGUGGCGAGACCGAACAGACUUACCUGGGGGCAGUUUUCAUCGCUGCCCAGGAAACUAACAACUGACAAAGUAGCUAAAAUAUCUUAGCCCAGAACUGUUAUUUGAGGCAGUAUUUUAAACCUCUAAAGGUAUGUGGCAGCUUAUUUCAGCUUUUAGGAAGAUGUGUCACCGUUGGUAAUUGAUAACCAUUUUCUUUGACAUUGCCAUGAAAACUAAUAAUUUAAACAAGUGUCAGCCAGUCUUGGGCGUGUUAAAAUUUUAAAAAUACCUAAUAUCACGAUGAUGCAUUUUUUAAUGGACAAAUAAUUAAGAUUUCAAUUGUAUGACAAUUAGAAGCCAUUGUGAUUCAAAAGGACUGAGGCAUUCAUAAAUUGUGAAUGAAGAUGAAAACAAUGAUAAGGCUUAUUCAGUGAUUGGAUACAGUCCUGUAGCUUUUUGGCUGACACAUUUUUUAUUGUUUAUAUUUUGUUUGGCAUCUGAGUAUGAUUAACUUAGAUAUGGCUAUUUUCAGCAAGUAAACAUGCACUUUAAUUUAACAAAACUGGAAAAAUGAGUUGCUGAGCUAUUUGUAUUUUAAAAACCAUGAAUGAUAAUAGCCAAUAAAUAUGAUGAAACUGUUUCAGGUAUAACGAAUUGCCUCUAGUUGUAAAAGUUACCAUUAAUAUUACCCAUCAACCGGAUAUAUUUUUCUCUCUUUCUGAUAAGCUGUGUUAACUUGAUAUAAUUUUUACACCGUGAUCAAGUAAAACAAAUCAAAGCAAGAUUUUCACUUACAGAGUAUAGCAUCACUUAUUCUCACCUGUAAAAGACUGAGUAAUUGUGCAUUUCUCUAUAUUUCUAGCAUCAGCUUUUCAGAAACAUUGCUAGCAAUUACAUUGCAUUUUUAGUCUCCUCCAAAUAUGUAUUGAAAAGUCACUAGUUUUAUCUUAAUUUGUGUAUGUUAAAAAUAAUAUUGCAGCAUUGAGACAUAUGGAAUGUUGGGAUCAUAUACAGCAUAAUCAUUCAGCUAUCACAUUAGUAUUCAAAGAUACAUACUUAACAACAAUAACUUGUGAUGACUAAUAUCCUCUACUAUUUUAAUAAUAUAAAUCUAGGCUUAUGUAUACAAGGCCUAUAUCAGGGAAGGUAUUUUAGCUUAAGAAUUCUCACUUCACUAAGCUCCAUGUGACUUUGCAGGUAAUGUAGGUGUUAUAAAAGUGAGGCCACAUUAAUAGUGUUACUUUUGUAUCAGAUCAAUGGUUUUGUAUCACAAGAGCCUAGUAGCUGUAUGUAGCACAGCAUGUCUCAGGACAUGUAAAUUGCAAAAUAGAGUAUCAUUCUUAAUUGGUUAUAAACUUUUAAAAGUAUCUCAGUUGUUGGAAUAAUGUAUCUAGGGUUUAGAAAAAAAAGGACCUACCAUUAAAUGAUAUGUUUAGCAAAAUGAUAUGAUACAGAAUCAGCACAUCAAUAACCAAUAUUUAUACACCAGUAUAAAUCAGAUAUAAAAGAAAAAUUAAGAACUAUCAUAUGAUUUAAUAUUUGUUUAAAAAUAAUGUAAACCAUUAAUAUAACUUUCAAUUGGCAUGAUGGCGUUAAAUAUAUUUUUCUUUCAUUGCUUUUAAGUUCUUUAGGUACAUUUUUUUGCAUGAUUUAUUGUUAUAUAGCAAUGCGCCAAGAACACCUAGUAUUUACUCUUCUACCUCUAUGUUGGUCUAAUUAUCCAUUCCUUUCAUGGAAACGGAAGAAAAAUAAAUAUGCCUGGUGGAAUUAAGACUCUUUACUUUUAUAUCUGAAAUUUGUAACUGUGUUGUUUACUUUGUCAAUUUAGUUCAACUAAAGGAAGUUUUAAAAGAGAAUUACUGAACAUCAAUGUAUUUUACUAAAAAUUCUGAAAAAGCAAAGUUGCAUAUUACUUUUGUAUACAGUUGUUUGAUUUUAAAUCACUUAUAUGUUUUGCUUUUUAAAAAAAUUUUAUAAUUGCUUAAUAUUAUUGUAAUAAUCCACUGCUAGUUAGGAUAUUUGAAAACCUUAAUCACCUUUUUAAAAAACAUUUUUGUAUCAGGACAGUUACUAUGUUCCAUAUUCAUGUCACUCAUAAUCUUUAAGACUCUAGUGCUACUCAGCAUUAGGAAACAGUCACACUUGGGAGAUGACAUUUAGGCAUGUUAAUACAGAAAUGUAUGUGACUUAUAGCAAACCUCAAUUUACAGUCAUUUUUGGAGGAUAUGUCCCCUUGUCAAAUAAGUGCUUCACUUGAAUUCACAUAAUAGUGAAACCCUGAACAAUAUCAUAAGGCAAAUUGGUAGCCUGAGAAAGUUUGCUACUUUUAUUUCUCAAAAAAAGCAUGUUUUAAAACAAUAUUUGGCAGCAUUGACAGCAGACUCAAAGGAACGUUUAAAAAUUGUGUGCAUUUGCUAAGAAUUUUCAAAUUCAACCUUCAAAUUUGGAUUUUGGUUGUUUAAAAUAAGUCAUUAAAAUUUUGAGCUUUCUUGCAUGAUUAUGUUUAUAAUCAAAUAUUGAAACAAACAAAUUUGAUCAAAACUGUGAUGUCUUUAUAAGAAAAUGAAAUGUCACUGAACAUAGUACUUAAGGACAUAAGUACUUACGUGUUACCACAUGGCUUAAUAUUUGUAAAAUAAUAUUGCAUUUUUAAAAGCAUGGCAAGGGCAGAAUGAGUGAGGCAAAGCCCACCCACUCCACCUCAUGUGCUCUUUACAUUCUCAAGGUUUUAGUUUAUGGGUGCAUAUAUGUGUGUUUUUUAGUCAUAUCAAUAAAUCAUAGUAAAAGAUUAUAGGAAGUGAGUUUCCAAAGCACAUUUAAGCCCGCAUUUCCUUGAGCAGGCUUUCUUUUUGCAUAUAUUCCUAAAGGGGAUAAACAAAGUUUUUGUAGUUACAGUGAAAGCUAAAAGUAUGGCAUCAGAAAGUGUAUGGAGAUAGGGAGGUCUUAUCAUGGGAUGUGGUUGCUGUGAGCAGGGCUGCCUUCCCACACAAAGAACAGAUUGUGGUUUAACUCUUUCCAUGGCCUAGUUUAAUGUGCUCGCAUAGUAACUGAAUUGUUCAAAUCUCUGCUGGAAACUACUGAUCGGUUUAAUGAUUUCCUCUAUGGCAUUUGGUUAUGCCUCAUGCUGUGAUGUAAUCAUCAGCAUUCUGUAUUGUUAUAAAAUUUUGAUUCAUACUUAUUCUGGUGAAGGAACACUUACAGCAAUGUUAGAACACUUUUGAUAACUACAUUAUUGAUUGGAUGGGACAUGUACUCCUUCCAUAUCUGAAGUACAAACAGCUAACAUGUUGCAGUCUGUAGCAUUAAAACUUUGAAUUUCUUCUUAAAAAUAUAUUCAUAUCUAUAUUGGAUUUUUUUUGACACCUUCUUUGUUAAAGAGUCAUUAGUUGUACUUUCAUCAUAUUUACCUAAUGGAAUUAGUUAGUCUUCUGUUAAACAUAAUUUAUUCCACGUAGUUCAGGGUGAUUAACCUGAGUAUGUAAAUUCUAACUUGGGAUACAAUCAGAGAGAGUUAUUUUGUAGUUGGGCUGACAAUAUAGUCAAUAUGAUCAGAAAAGUGGUGGUGGAAGUUCUCAUUUGCUUGAAAUCUUGGCUUAUUGCAUACAUACGGUGUGCAUGCACUGGACGUUAAGCUCUUUCUCUUUGAACAGUAAUAGGCGUAAGCUUAUAAGACAGGUUUUACCUAAAACAGGAAGUAAUGAAACUGACUGCAUUGGGAAGUGACUUGAAAUAUCUGUAGGUAAAGAUUAUCCACCAUUCCUCACUGAUCCCGUCCCUUAAAAAAAGGCUUGGAUGAAACAGGCAGGAAAAAUGCAGGAGCCUAAAGGUAAACUACUUAAUUCAAAAGAUUGGUACUCAAUAAUAUAUGUACCUGCGAAUUCACAUGCACGUGCAUAUAUGCACCCACAGUUCUAGCUGAUAAUUCAUCUACAUGGCAAAUGAAUUGUAUAGAUUCCACAAAAGCAGUAACUGACCAGCAGUGCACUCCUGGUGUCACCCCACCACAGCAUGCAGGGACACAAAGAAUGUAAAGUUGGUGCCAAGUUGCCAUUUUUCAUUGUUCACCUCAGAUUGAUUUUUAAGAGGUUUAGAAUAAUUGCUAUACUCAUGUGAUCGGUGAACAAAUUAACGGACUCUGUGGGGCUGCAUAUUCUAUAGGAAAGCUAGGGAAGCUGCUGGAAGAACAUUCAUGUAAUUUUUGUUUUCAAGUUUGAAAACUUCUAUUUAAAAAUGCAAGAGUGUAUGUGAGAAAGCACAAGAGUGCAAGUGUGUGUGUGUUGGGAGCUGGCGUUGGUAGUGUGGGGAGAGAAUGCACUGCUCAAAGUAUGGAAACCUUCUGUUCAGGACACAGAUACGACGAGCUAUGUCCUUUGCCCACUUUCCCUCACUGUAUACUGGUUUCUCUAGUUACCACUCUUGGAAUGGUGCUGUUUCAGUGUUGGAAUGUUGGACGUUUGAUAAGAAAAUGGAUCAAGUUUAAUGGCGCAUGCUCUUUGUGCCACCAGCAGCCUCUUGCUGAGAGCAUGCUCCAAAAGCGGGAACUGUGUGGCAUUACACUGAGCAUCUAUAUGCUUUGUGUUUCUGUGCCACAGAGAAGAGAAAUGAACUGUGGCAUCGCUCCUGCCUUCUGAACAGCUCUGCUCCGAUUAAAAAAAAAAAAAAAAACUCACUGUGUUCUUUGUAAAAUGGAUGAAUUUCACCCAUUCAUCGAGGCACUUCUUCCACAUGUCCGUGCAAUUGCCUAUACUUGGUUCAACCUGCAGGCUCGAAAACGCAAGUACUUUAAAAAGCAUGAGAAGCGAAUGUCAAAGGAUGAAGAAAGAGCAGUCAAAGAUGAGCUUCUCAGUGAAAAGCCUGAAAUCAAACAGAAGUGGGCAUCCAGGCUCCUGGCCAAACUGCGCAAAGAUAUUCGCCAGGAGUAUCGAGAGGACUUUGUGCUCACCGUGACUGGCAAGAAGCACCCGUGCUGUGUCUUAUCCAAUCCCGACCAGAAGGGUAAGAUUAGGAGAAUCGACUGCUUGCGACAGGCAGACAAAGUCUGGCGUCUGGAUCUAGUCAUGGUGAUCCUGUUCAAAGGCAUCCCCUUGGAAAGUACCGAUGGAGAGCGGCUCAUGAAAUCCCCACAUUGCACAAACCCAGCACUUUGUGUCCAGCCACAUCAUAUCACAGUAUCAGUUAAGGAGCUUGAUUUGUUUUUGGCAUACUACGUGCAGGAGCAAGAUUCUGGACAAUCAGGAAGUCCAAGCCACAAUGAUCCUGCCAAGAAUCCUCCAGGAUACCUUGAGGAUAGUUUUGUAAAAUCUGGAGUCUUCAAUGUAUCAGAACUUGUAAGAGUAUCCAGAACACCCAUAACCCAGGGAACUGGAGUCAACUUCCCAAUUGGAGAAAUCCCAAGCCAACCAUACUAUCAUGACAUGAACUCGGGGGUCAAUCUUCAGAGGUCGCUGUCUUCUCCUCCAAGCAGCAAAAGACCCAAAACUAUAUCCAUAGAUGAAAAUAUGGAACCAAGUCCUACAGGAGACUUUUACCCCUCUCCCAAUUCACCAGCUGCUGGAAGUCGAACAUGGCAUGAAAGAGAUCAAGAUAUGUCUUCUCCAACUACUAUGAAGAAGCCUGAAAAGCCAUUGUUCAGCUCUGCAUCUCCACAGGAUUCUUCCCCAAGACUGAGCACUUUCCCCCAGCACCACCAUCCCGGAAUACCUGGAGUUGCACACAGUGUCAUCUCAACUCGAACUCCACCUCCACCCUCACCGUUGCCAUUUCCAACACAAGCUAUCCUUCCUCCAGCCCCAUCAAGCUACUUUUCUCAUCCAACAAUCAGAUAUCCUCCCCACCUGAAUCCUCAGGAUACUCUGAAGAACUAUGUACCUUCGUAUGACCCAUCCAGUCCACAAACCAGCCAGCCUAACAGCAGUGGUCAAGUAGUAGGGAAAGUGCCUGGCCAUUUCACUCCUGUCUUGGCACCCUCUCCCCAUCCCAGUGCAGUGCGACCUGUGACCCUGAGCAUGACAGAUACUAAACCCAUCACUACAUCCACUGAAGGUGAGGCAGCUUCACCUACAGCAACCACCUACACAGCCUCAGGCACAUCUCAAGCCAAUCGAUAUGUGGGACUAAGCCCAAGAGACCCAUCCUUCCUACAUCAGCAACAGCUGAGGAUUUGUGACUGGACCAUGAAUCAAAACGGCAGGCAUUUAUACCCCAGUACCAGUGAGGAUACAUUGGGAAUUACUUGGCAAAGUCCUGGUACCUGGGCUAGCUUGGUUCCUUUCCAAGUGUCAAAUAGGACACCCAUCUUACCGGCAAAUGUCCAAAAUUACGGUUUGAACAUAAUUGGAGAACCUUUCCUUCAAGCAGAAACAAGCAACUGAGGGAAAAAGAAACACAACAAUAGUUUAAGAAAUUUUUUUUUUUUUUUUUUUAAAAAAAGGAAAAGAGGAAGACUGGACAAAACAAAGGGUGAAAGGAAAGAAACUGAAGAAAGAAGAUAAUAGACCAGCAAUUGCAGCACUUACAAUCACUAAUUCCCUUAAGGUUGAAACUGUAAUGACAUAAAAAGGGUCGAUGAUAUUUCACUGAUGGUAGAUCGCAGCCCCUGCAACGUAGCCUUUGUUACAUGAAGUCCGCUGGGAAAUAGAUGUUCUGUCUCUAUGACAAUAUAUUUUAACUGACUUUCUAGAUGCCUUAAUAUUUGCAUGAUAAGCUAGUUUUAUUGGUUUAGUAUUCUUGUUGUUUACGCAUGGAAUCACUAUUCCUGGUUAUCUCACCAACGAAGGCUAGGAGGCGGCGUCAGAGGUGCUGGGUGACAGAGCCAUGAGCCAGCCAUUUUAUAAGCACUCUGAUUUCUAAAAGUUAAAAAAAAUAUAUAAAAUCUCUGUAGCCUUUAGUUAUCAGUACAGAUUUAUUAAAUUUUGGCCCUUAACCCAGCCUUUUCCAGUGUGUAACCCAGUUUGAAAUCUUAAAAAAACAAAAAAUGAAAAAAAAAGGAAAAAAAGAAAAAAGGAAAAAAACAGUUUGAACACAAAGGCUCUAUGGAAGAAAUGCCUCUAUGUAGGUGAAGUGUUAUCUCUGCAUGCAACAGUAAAAAUUAAUAUAAUAUUUUCCCCACAAAAGAAACACUUAACAGAGGCAAGUGCAAUUUAUAAAUUUAUAUCUAAAGGGGAAUCAUGAUUAUAAGUCCUUCAGCCCUUGGACUCUAAAUUGAGGGGAUUAAAAAGAAUUUAAAAUAAUUUUGAACGAAUUUAUUUUCCCCUCAGUUUUUGAGGGCAUUAAAAAGGCAUUAAAUCAAGACAAAUCAUGUGCUUGAGAAAAAUAAAAUUAAUGAAAACACAGCACUUAUGUUGGUUUAGCUGCAGCCUCCUUGGAGGUAGAAUUUAUUUAUUUAAAAUUACUGGUUGCAUCAAGAACCCAUAGGGUGUACAAAAGGUUCUAUAAAAUCUGCAUUAUAGAGACAAAGAGGCAGGCAAAUCCAUGUCACGAGGGUAAAGCUUACAGUUUACAAACUGGGAACGCCAGGGUGUAGGAUAUACAAACGCACUCUUGAGAAAACAAAUGUAAUCAGGGUGCUGAAAACUUGCAUGGUGCUUUCAGACAUUAGCCUUGUUCAACAAAUUUCUUGUAUUGACAGAUCCAUAGUGUGCAUGGGCAGACACAUUUUGCCUCUAUGUCUCUUAAAAUUUUAAUUAAAAAUACUCUUUCCAGUAAUCCUAAUUUGCACGAAGAUAUAAUGUCCACAUUACGUGCCUUGCCUUGAAAUCUAAAAAACAAAAAACAAAAAAAAAACAAAAAAAAAAACAACAAAGUGACAUCACUACACUUGUUUUGCUGCAUUUAUUAUCAUUUUAAAUCUUUACCAUUUUUAUGACAAAAUAUUUUGUACUCCAGACGAAGAAAAAUGUGUGACAUCAUGGAUUUUUUAGACAGUUAUACCUUUAUCUCACAUUUAUAAAGCAUAUCAUGGCUGUGUAUAGUUGCCGCUUAAAAAUUGUAAUCGACCAGCAAUAUUUUCAGUAUUUUGGUGUUUUUUUCUAUUAACCUUUCAUGUUUUUCAUCUUCCAAUUAAUAUUUGGGGGGGAGGGGUUUCAAAUUUAUAUGAAUUAUGCAAUACCAAGUUUUGCCUAUGUAGGUAGUGCUUUUAGCUGUAUUGGUUAUUAUAGGUAAGUACACAGAUUUAAAAAAAAAAAUAAUGUAUGCUUUUUUGUUUGUUUGUUUGUUUUAAUUGACCAAAGUGGGUACUGCUAUUUUUGCAGUGUGAUGAGGUCCUUUUGUGUACUGAGAGAUGGACAGGGGAUUUUUUUUAAUAUACAUAUAUAUAUAUUCUGGGGUGGGUGGGAGGAUUUUUAACACUUUACAGUGUAGCUGUGAAGCAGUGCACCCUGAGAUGGGCCUGGGCUGCAAAGCGACUGUUCUGCCUACUGUGACAAACUUCAACUUACACAGGUUCCCCUCUCUAACUUCCCACCUGGGGUGCAAGCUGAACUCAUUACUGGUUUUCAUAACAACACUAUAGUAAGAACAAGCAAACACAACAAAUUCUCCUGGAGGCAGACUUGGCUUAAAAAGGCAGACUUGGCUUGGUGAUAGUUUUUUUUGAAAGUUCCAGAUCCACAGUGGAGAGUGAGCCUGUCUCAUAUUUGGCAAAAAUAUUUGUUGAAAUGUCCACAUAGGGUAUGUUGGAUGUUUAACACUUUUGAGGGUUUAACACAUGAAUAUUCUUUCUCCUAGAAAACACAUUAGACCUGUUGGAGGGAGUCUCCUGUAUUCCUUCUCCACCACUUUUCGUCCCCAUUUCAUUUCAUUAAUGAUAGGAUAUGAUUUACCUGUGACUUACUACUUCAAAUGGAUGGCAGUGCACUUGGAUUUUUUUUAAUAUCCAGAAGAUUGAACAGAGGGUUGCUAUUGUUGAAUGUAUUUGGACUGAUAGAUUAAAAUCAAGGUUCAAUUUUUAAGGAAGAAAAAAGUAAAUCCUGUUUUCAUUUUACCUGCCCUUUUAAAACUGAGAACCAGAGCAGAAGGGAAAUAUAGAAUUUUAAGCAAUUAAUCUUCCUGUGGAUGAAUUAAACCCAUUAGAUGCUGAUGGGAUUUUUUUUAAGGAAUGGUACCUUAACUAUAUAUUUGAUUUCGUUUCCCCUGAGGGCUAGAGGCUGAAUGGAGGCUGGUUUUAUUUUGCCCUUCCCUCACCCCUCAGUCCCAUUGAGUGUAUUCAUUACUAGAAGGAAAAUCUUUCAGAAUUAGCGACACAUGGUAGGCUGUCUUAAGGAGUCCCCUGGCCCCCUUCCCCUAGGCCAUGGCCUAAUAAAAUAAACUGUCAAUUGUUCUCACAGCAUAUCAUUUAAUAAUGAAUACUUUAGAACAAUGCUUAUGGGCUGGAGAAUUGUAUUUGAUUAGCCCAUUCAGUUUGAUAGCCCAAAUGCUGAACAGCACAGCGGGAUCCUAGCAGUGCAAGUUCAAAAGUAAGUCCAAUCAUUUCCGUGAUACUUGCCCUGGUAGCAAACAGAUCAUCUCAGCCAAGCUCUUCAUGUAUCUUUGACCUAUUAGGUGAACAAAUGAACCUCACAGGACACACAGUAUUUUUUAAAGGCAGACUCGCUCUCUUUUUUGCCAGUGAAUGAGCAGUUCUAGCUAACCAAGUUACACACUGUGGGUAUUCCUGCCUGCCUCUUGAAUACAAAGGCCUAGUUCAAGUGUUGCUUUUUUAUUUCAAAUCAAUUUUUCCUUCUUUCCUUUUUUGAGAUAGAACUAUUAAAAGUACUACUAUAUAUAUAAAAUCUCAAAUCAACUUUUUGGCCUCCUCCUCGUGUACCAGGAAGUAUAUUCUGACGAAGGGCCCCGCUUUUGCAGGUCUUGCACGCCCCUCCCUUACCCAGAACUGCAGAGCUUCAGGAUGGUGAAGGUCACCCAAGGGCAUGAGUAGGGGGUGGUGUCUCCAACCAUCAGUUCUGUGGCACUGUUCAGCCUCUGUGUGCUGCUCUGCCACCCACCACUCACAGUGCCUCUGAAGCGUGUUUCCCCUGGAGUGACGUGAGCAUUUGAGGCUUGUCUAAGGAAAAAAAUAAAAGGCAGUGAAGGAGACUGUACAUAAAGACAUGGCAAAAAUCUUAAUUAUAGCAAUAUAGUUAUCGGGUAAUGUUCGGGUGGGCAGCUCCAUUAAAAAGUAUGUGAAUGAAUCUGUGAAGCUGCAAGUAGCGAGAAGAGCGAAAGGUCUUCUUAAUGAACCGCCUACCUUGUAGACAGUAAUUUGUACACUGUAUAGUUUUGUUAAGAAUUUUUUUUAAAUUAAAAUUCCCAUGUUUGUAAAGCUAACUUUUUAACAAUUAUAAUGGAACUAUAUGUUGUUUCCAUUUUUAAAGUAAACAAGAAUAUUCCUUGUUUAGAGACUGGACUUGAGUUAAAACUCUCCAGUCUCUUAAGUUAUGUAUUAAAAAAAAAAAAUCUGUCCAUGUUAGGAGUUAUUUCACAGAUUCCUGUGCUUGAAAAGCAUAGGAUACUAAUCCUUUAAAAAAGUGUAAAUGGAGAAAAGUUAUAUUUUAUGAAGGUUAUUUUGUUGUAUUUAGUAUUGGAAAAGUUGGUUUUCAGAGCAUUUCAGAAUGUCGAAGCACCACUGUCUUUUUAUUAGUAUAUACGGCCUUUAGCAAAAGUUUUUGUGAUUGUUACGUGAUGGUAUUUAAGGUUAAGUUUCACAGAGCAUUCAGGAUAGGCAGAAAACUAAAACAGUGCUAUGUCUCACAUAACGUGUCCUCAGGGAGCAGAAUCUUGGAUUUGUGACUUGUAGCUUCAUAAGGACUCAACGAAAGAGAUUGCACAGGGACAUCUUCAGCGGUGUGACAGCAGGACAUGUUCUUUACCUAGAUGCAAAUUCUAUGUACUGUGUGAAACGAUGAAGGCUGCAGAAAGUUAUCCCAUAUUCAGUGUACAGUAUUCAUUUUUAAUGAAACAACUCUACAAUAUUGCUGGCAGAUAGGCCCCAAGCAUGACAUUCAAUAUAGUUUACAUGUUCCUGUCAAGGUCUUUUGUUAACAUUAACCAGCUGCAUGCUUUCGGGACUUUAAGAAAUUGGGUUUCUAUAGAAAACUUUUUUUUUUUUUUUUUUUUUUUAAUGUGCAGGCUAUUCAAGUUCAAUAGUAAAAGCUCAAAAUUGAAUGUUCUACUCCAUGCUGAAGGAGCUGAAAGCUGCCUUCUUCAUAUUUUGCACUUUCUGGUAGUUCCCCUGUUUUUUCUAAUUCCUUAAAAUUGUGUGGGUGGAGUGGAGCCCUGCAGUUGGGGGGUAACAUGGACCACUGAUUUUGCCCUUUGACCCUGCACAAUAACCUUUGCAUCAGCCAAACUCAUUGCCAUGACAACUCUUUGUACUGUGUCCGUGCCACAGAUCUGUUGGUCACAUUGUUAAUAGUAAAGGGGACAAGUUGGAGACGGUCAAUUUUUACAUUUUUUGUUGCAAUUUUUUCUUCAAUGGUUGUAAGUAGUUUUUUUUUUAAAUAAUAAAAGGGUUCACUAGUUAAUACUCUAGAAAUAUCUGUGUGUUGCAAUUCAAAUGUAUGUUGAGAUUGUGAAAAGUGCUUCAGUGCUACUAGCUUACCAGUACACUAGACUAAGCCUUUGAUGACUUAUUGCAUGAUACAGUAACAGGAACGACAGGUGGCCUAAAUACGUGAAAAGCAGUGUAAGCUAGUGACACUAAAGCCAGUCUUGUAUUACUGUAUUUUUGACAGAAUGGUUUUGAAAACUGUGCUACAGGGACUGAUGUGGCAAAUAUAUCUCUUUAUGCAGAAGGAAGUCUUUUUUUUUUUUCUUUUUUUUUAAGAAGUAUGGCUUUUUAUGCAUCCUUCAUCGAGGGCAUUGAAGUUGCAUGGACUGAUAAAAGUUGAUGCAAAACGAGAAAGAAACAAACAAAAAAAAACCAGCAAAAUGUUUACCAAAAAACUCAAACAAAUGAGCAGUGCCUGUUCAAUUUCACAGUCUCUGUUGAGUUCAGUUGUAAAUAUGUUUCAAAUGACAUUUUCUUGGGAAAAAAAAAAAUCUCUACAACAUUGUAGAAUGUGAGGGGUAACUACAUCCCAGGCAUAGGUUUCUCAAAGCUGCAGUAGAUUAUGUCUUCAUCAAGCUGUUAAUUUGUGCUUAUAUCAUAUAGAACUUUUAGCAUCCUGGGAAGAGGUGCCCCCACCUCAAUGAUAUUUCUCUGAGAACAACUUUUGUAGGACUGUGUGUUUCUUUAGAUACAUUUAGUACAACUGUAGGUGACGAGUAGUCAGUUAUUGCUUGCUAGCUACACACCAGGGUUGAUCCAUUUUAAAACUUUUGGCAUUUUGUCCUCAUGGGCCAUAAAUACAGAACCUUGUAUUUUAAUUAAAUUUUUUUACAAAAGGAGGCACAUGCACAAUCUCCAUGUAACAAACCUUUAGCAGUAGGAUGUAUUAUACGACAGUUACUUAAUUUCUAGAGUUCAGGCCUCUGGGAUCAACCCCAGACUGGGCCAGAAUGUUAGUGAAGGUUUUAUUGUGCCCGGUUGGAGGAUAACGUUCUUUGGGUACUUUUUGUGGGUUGCAAAUGAACUCAAUUGCCACAAGUUUUAAACUGGUGUAAAUCAAGCUUGACUUAAUGUGAUUGUUACUGUUAUAUCCAGCCUAUACUGCUAGCAGCUGCUCAUACUGCAGUCAAUUACUGGAAGCGGAUAUAUUUCCUAUGCAAAAACUGUUUAAACAAUAAAAUGAGCUAUGCUACAGA